GGAGAAUUUAUGUCUUCGAAUUUUUGGGUAGGACGGCAUCGCUUCACGACUAUGUGCAUUCAUCGUACGAACUAAGCUCAGAUAGGGGCUUAGCUGACCAUAGAUGGAAGCAUGUGCCGAUCAGCUGCUCGCGAAGAUGAUCAACCCUACAGUACCUGGAAGUGAGGUUAUUACGGGGUUGAUUUAUUUAACAAGAUGACUUCUACUCGCUAGUUCGUAUUGUCAUCAACGUUUGGUUCAGUCAAUAAGGGUCGAAGGUCACUGCUUUUCUCGUUUCCAAACUACCGGUACUCGUUUGUGAGCAGCAAUCGCAAGUCUCUACUGCUGCCCAUCGCCGUAUACGUCCGGAUCUAGAACCAGAUGUCUAACGUACGCAAUAUUACGGUGCCGUGGGUACCUCUUGAUGAGUUCGAUUGGUCGUUUUCGCGCAGCGGACCGCUUCCUUGGAACUUAACUGUCUGGUCCAUCAUAGCGGUCUUCACUGCUUUGCCGAUCUGGACGACCGUCGAACUCACAUUUUGGGUCUUCUAUACCUUCGAGAGAUGGCGUGGGGCUUAUUUCUACUCGGUUCUGGGGACAACUUGGGGGGUAACGAUCCAUGCGAUUGGCUUCGUCCUCAAAUUCUGCGUGCCUGAGGUGAACUGGGUCCUGAGUACGGUGCUCUCGGAGAUUGGCUGGGUCGCUGAAGUAUGCGGCUUUAGCCUCGUCCUGUGGUCAAGGCUUCACCUAGUGAUCCCUGGACACACCAAACUCCUGCGUUAUGUACUCGCCAUGAUCAUCAUCGACGAAAUCUUAAUCGGUGUUCCGACCAUCGUGUUUCAAUUCUUGGUAUCGGGUCCAGACACACAUAGCAAAUACGUUCCACACAUGGAGAUCAUGGAGCGUGUACAGAUAAUGUGGUUCUCCGUCCAAGAGACCAUUAUCUCAGUUAUCUAUGUGUGGGGUACGAUGCAGCUGCUGAAGCUGUCACUCAACAGCAAAGCUAAGACGACGUUAGCUUUUCUCAUCAUCGUGCAGGUGCUUGUCGUGCUAGCCGACGUGCUCGUCACCGUGCUUGACUACCUCGGAUACUACACGCUGAAGGCCGUCUUGCAUUCGUUCGUUUACGCCUUUAAGCUUCAAGUUGAAUUCGUAGUUUUAAACGAAUUCAAACAUAUCGCCAAGGGCGGCAUUACUGGUGGUAAUGGGUCGCUUGGGAUAGGGUCCGCCGGCUUUUCCAUCUUCAAUAAUAACAAUGUCGCCCUAGACAUGCCUAAGACUAGCGGUGGCAGCCCCGUGCAUAAUAACUCCGGCGUGACUGUGGUGGGGUCUGCUCGGGGAUCGCCAUCGUCGCGAGCGACAGGGUCGGACACAUCCGGGGCGCAAAAUGAGCAGGAAGCUGAUGCUUUGGAGUUACAAUACCUAGGAAGGUACGGAAGGGCCGUGUGAUUUUACUAAAGUUUUAAACUGCAUUCAUCGUGGGUUUUUGGGUGUUUGAGACUGGAUACCCCGACCUCUGUUUCGGCGGCUCUGUACGGUGUUUUUUUUUCGCAUUAGCGACGCAUUUACAUAGGAGUUUGUUACCUAGUUUUGGGAUAGUGUAUCAGCACAACACUAGGUAUUGAUACUAUAAAGAUACCAUCCUUAUAUUCAA